UAUAUAGCGUAUAUGAUAUCUUCUGUGGGUGGACAUCUUCAAGGAUGACACACUUUUAUUUUGGGCAGUAGUUUUCAUUUUGUACUAUAAAUAAACGUUACUGACAGAAUCUGUGGACAGAAUUUUGACAGAUAUGACGGGAAAGUUUAGAAGAAAAAAAGAGGCAUUGAACAUUAUGAGAUCUUUCUAAAGAAAAUUCAAGUGUUUUUGAAUGCUUUAGUUGAACAUUUAUAAAUUAAAUUAGUGCGUUUAUUAGAUUUUUAUAAAAUAUAUAAUUAUAUCGGUAAAAAGUGACUUGCUAAAAUAUAAACAAAAUGGCAGCCACUAGAAGGUUGCAGAAGGAACUAGGAGACAUACGAAACUCGGGACUAAAGUCGUUCCGAGACAUUCAAGUUGAUGAAACGAAUAUAUUAACAUGGCAAGGUCUUAUUGUACCAGAUAGUCCGCCUUAUAACAAAGGAGCUUUUAAAAUAGAAAUAAAUUUUCCGGCAGAAUAUCCUUUUAAACCACCUAAAAUUAAUUUCAAAACGAAAAUAUAUCAUCCUAAUAUUGAUGAAAAAGGACAAGUGUGUUUGCCGAUUAUCAGCGCUGAAAAUUGGAAACCCGCAACUAAAACUGAUCAAGUUAUUCAAGCACUCGUAGCACUUGUAAAUGACCCCGAACCCGAACACCCCCUUAGAGCAGACCUGGCGGAAGAAUAUUUAAAGGAUAAGAAGAAAUUUACAAAAAACGCAGAAGAAUAUACGAAAAAACACAGUGAAAAAAGACCAACGGAUUAAAAAGACAUAUUUAUCAUUUAGACCGAUUCUUACAGAUGUUGAUGAGAUGAAACAAAAUCUGAACUCGCCUAAAAACUUCGUAAAUUACUAUGGCGGACUGAUAACUAGGUUACCUAAUAUUUCUUCUUAUAUUUGUAAAAAAAAGGCAUUUUGUAACAAAGCCAAUUUUUUAAAAGCUUUAAACAGAUACCUAAACUAUUCUUUUGUUGUUCUCUAGGAUUCAGUCUGCCGAUAACUUGUAAAUUAAAAUCUUUUUAUACACUUUUUAGUUUCAGUAACAAAGCAUUUUAAAUAUUUUUAAGUUUGUACUUUAUACAAAGCUAUUCCUAAAUUUCGGUGUCCUUUUUUAUAAGCGCUAAAUUUUCAUAACGACGCUAUAUUUAUAUAAACAUAGAAACGUUACUUUAGUUUUUAAAGGAUGUCUCUCAGAAUGUUGUAAAUUGUAAUGGUUGUUUAAUAAAAUAUAUUUAAAU